AUGGCUGGUCGUGAUACAAUCAGUGAUUUACAUUUUAAAUCUAAUGACAAACAUGAUAAUAAUCAUCCAUCUCCAUUAAAUAUAGAAGCGUUUAUUCCCUGGGCUUGUGGUCAAUUGGAACUGCCGUUCGUCACAAUCAUCAACAAAGUGCAAUUGAUCGGGGUUGCGCGCAGUACGUCUACUCGAGGCAAAGCAAAAGAAGAGAAUACUAAUGAGGAUUCACAGUCAGGAAGCAACGUGAACGAUGACAUAAGAUUUUCCGGUGUGAAUAACACUGAUAUGCUCAUCUACGUUGAUGCGAUCUAUGAUAACAACAAUUUGAUACAGCUGAAGUUUAAUUCAAACCUACAAGUGCCAGUGAUUUUACUAAAACUCUUCUCUCUUAUUGUACAUUUUCAUCCACAUUUGACAGCGAUUUACAUUAACCGAGGCUUAAAUCAAAAUGGGUUGUAUCAAGUUAGUAAAAUUGUAAAUGCAGCUAAAGUAACUGAAGUAAUUCUUGAUAACACCGUUGUCAAGGAAGCCAACUAUUAUAUAUUGCUAGACGACAAUUGCUCUUUGAAAUAUCUAUCUCUAGCUAAGUGCAAACUCAAUGAUAGAUCAGUGAAAUUUAUUGCAUCUAGGUUAAACUAUCCAUUAAAAGCAUCUAAGACUUUGUCUGUUUUAAAUCUGUCUUCGAAUAUGAUCACAGACGAGGGUGCAAAAUAUUUAGGUGAUAUGCUAAGAAUGAACAGACAGCUGUGUUAUUUGAAUUUAUCAGGUAACAUGAUUUCAGAUAUAGGAGCUGAUAGUAUUUUAAGUAUUUUAAUGACAUUUCCUUUAACUGCUGAUGAAAUAACCCAAAAGAAGGCAAGAAAAUUCCAUUACAUGAAAAAGAAAAAUGACUUUAUACGCCAUACUGUCGAAGUAAUGCGUAUUGAUUACGAAAAAAGGUAUACUGCUCGAAAAAAGAUUGGCAAGUCUGUUUCUUCUGGAACGAAGAAGUCAAUUUAUGAUCUGCUUCCAGAUAAUGAAAAGUUAGGAAGUAUGAUCGGUUUUGACUCAGUCUGGCUUGAUAAAGCUGAAACUGCGGCAGAAGAAAUGAUUGGGCCAUUUCAAGAUGCCUUUAAUGAUGAGAACACAAUCACUAAAUGUGGAGAAGUUUACUGUUACGGAAACAAUGUUCUGUGUUAUUUAAACUUAGCGUAUAAUAGUUUAACUUACUUUAGUGUUAAGAAGCUACUCGAAGUUCUUAAAGUACAGCGAGAAUUGCCCAGACGGGGAAAAGGUUUGAUAAACGUUUGUAUCGAAGGUAAUAACUUGCCUAAGGCUUGCCAAGAACUCACGGAAAUUGACAUCUUUCUCGAAAUCGGGCUAAAUCGUUUGAGUAAUAUGUCUACGAUAAAAAGGAAGAAUGUGCUACGCGCAAAGUGA